AAAAUUGCAGCAAUGGAUUUGUGGUCACCAAAAAUGCCAGUAAACAUGCCUCCAAAAGUUUAUGUUGUCUUAAUGGAUUGUUGUUUGUAUUAUUAUAAGAAUGAGAGAGACAAAGAACCUAAGGGAAAAUACCCUCUUUAUGGUUAUAACUCGGUUCAUCGAGCUGGUGAUGAGUCAUCUAAUUGGACAUUUGUUAUUAAUCAUUCUGACAGUACCUGUAAGAAAAUAAAAUUUUCAGCAUCAUCUCAAUAUGAAAUGGUGGAAUGGAUGAGGCGCAUAAAAGCUGAAAUGCUUAAAGCCAAUAAUAGGCCCAUUCGAUCUUUACCUGAAGGUUCUUCUGCUGAAAGAGUAGAUUUUCCUCUUGCCAAUAUUAACAGUAUUGAAGAAGCUAUCUAUGAUGACAUUAGUAUUGAAGAAGUUAUUCAAACUAUUCCUGAUCAAUUCAAGAUUUCAUGUGAUGGUGAUUCAGAUAAUGAAAGUGAAACAUCCAGACCACUUCCUGAAAUCCCUUCUCAGAGUUGUAUUUUUUAUUUUUUCUUAUAUUUUCUUUGACAUAUAAUUUAUCAAUUAUUUAGCAAAACAUUGUUGUAACUUUUAAAAUGUUUCAAAUAUUUAAACAUACACCAGAACUUGUUAUACAAAAAAUUAUCAUGGAAGAUAAAGGAUUACUACUAUUUGCUCAUAAACAAUAUUUAGUAUUAUAUUUUAUAUUUAAUUUAAAGUGUUUAUUUAAAUCAUAUCUUUCUGACCCAACCUAUUUUUUACAUAAUAAAAUAUAAGUUUCUAAAUAGUCAAACAUUACUGAAUAAUGUUUGAUCAUUUAGAGAUUUGAGUUAUGCUGUAAA